AUGGCCAGUCUCUCCCCAAGCCUACUGCUCCUGGUGGCCAUUAUGGUUCUUGAACCCAGAGAUAUGCGCACCUGGGGCUGGAAGAAGGUGGUGAGGGAAUUCAAAGACAUCCCGGAAACCUAUGUCUAUGUGCAGCAGGCACUGUGGUUUGCCAUGAAGGAGUAUAACAAGGCCAGCAAAGAUAAGUACGCCUUCAAGGUAGUGAAAGUGCUGAAGUCCCAGGAGCAGGUCACGGAUAGUUUGAACUACUUUCUUGAAGUCAAAAUUGGCCGAACAAUGUGCAAGAAAGCUUUAGGAGAAAAUGAAAACUGCUUAUUGCAAAAGUUUCCUGAAAUGCAAAAGAUGCUUCAUUGCACCUUUAUUGUUGCAACCAAACCCUGGAUAUUUGAACUCGCUCUGCAGAAGAAACAUUGCAAAGAUGUCUAAUUGUCUUCCAGCACAUCUGUCAGUCUCACUUUCCUAUAAAGAAGCAACAACAUCUGCAAAAUACUUAAAUAACA